AUCUGAAAAAGUAAUAAUCAAACCAGGAAUUAACCGACAGUUAUUUUCUCACAUCCGAAAUACCGUGAAAAACUGGGGACAACAGCAAAAGUUAUGCUCAAUAGUAUUUGACGAAAUUGCUCUGACACCGUACUUAACAUACAAUGAAAGUAAUGAUCUAAUUCAUGGAUUUGUGGAUGUCGCUGGUGAAAGAAAAAUGAAGUUUUGUGAUCAUGCCCUUGUAUUUAUGAUAAGAGGCAUAUGUUCUUCAUGGCGGCAGUGCAUAUCAUAUUACUUCUGCGAAGGAACAACAUCUACAAACGAGAUGCAGGAAAUCUUAAAGCAAAUCGUGGCAGAAGUGGCUCAAACAGGACUUAUACCUUUAGGACUAGUUUGCGACCAAGGAUCGACCUUCAGAACUGCGAUCAAAAAAUUCCGAGAAGAGACAAUACGUUACCGUAACGACGAAGCCAACACAGAAGAUGAUGGCACAGUACACAUUGCUGGUCAUCAUUUAAGUGUAUUUUACGACCCGCCCCAUUUACUUAAAGGAUUAAGGAACAAUUUCCUUAACAAAAAUAUUAUUUGGGAAGGAAAGAGAGCAUCAUGGAAGGACAUUCAAUACAUAUAUGACAUUGAUAGCCGGCUGGGUCACACGAGGGCAUUACCAAAAUUAACAGCGCACCACGUAGAUCCCGAUAAAAUAAAAAAAAUGAAAGUCAGCGUGGCGGCGCAAGUUUUUAGUUCACGAACAGCGGCCAUGCUGAACUACACAGCUGCCCUUAACAAGCUUCAUAAUCCUGACUCAAGUGAUACUGAUACCAUGGAAGCGACAGCAGAGCUCAUUGAAUUUUUUGACACGUUGUUUGACAGCGUCAACGGCUCCCCUGGAGGCGCAACUAAAGGGAAACUGAGGAAAGCAGUGAAAAAAAAUUCAGCUCACCAUAAAUUUUGGUUGGAAGCCAUAGAAAAAUUAAAUAAAAUUCAAUACGAGGACGUGACCAGUAAAUUGGCUUUAAGGCAAGGAAAUCCUCGAUUGGUUCGAGUACCGUCACUAGAAGGAUGGGUAGUAACACUUAACAGUUUCAGUAGGAUAUCGAAGAUUUUGUUUGACGAAUUUGGUGUGGAAUAUUUUUACCCGCGAAAUAUAAACCAAGACCCACUGGAAAACUUUUUUGGGAGAGUGAGGGCUCUCAACUACAGAAAUGUUAAACCAAAUGCCUGUAGUUUUGUGCAUACUUUUAAGUCGUUACUUCUCUCUAAUAUAUUGAGCCCUCACUCUAAAUUUGCAAACUGUGAAGUGGAUAAUGGUGAGGUUUUAUUACAGAAAGAUUUUCUUUUUGAUGUAGAAGACCUAGAAGACCAUGAAGACAACAAAGAAAAUCAAUGUCCAAACAUAAUUUCCCGCCCAUCCACUUCACAGGUCUGUCCAAGUGAAUCUAAACUAGAUUACCAAAAACAUGGAUCAACUUUACAAAAAAUGAAAGUUGAAUGUUCAGCGUAUACAGCAGGGUAUCUAUGUAGAAAAAUCUCAAAAACAAUUAACUGCCAGCGCUGCUUAUCAACUUACAUAAGCAGCUCUAAAGAGGACCACCACGCCUAUAUACAAUUCAGAGAAUACAAAAGACUUAAAAAUAACAAUCUUCAAUAUCCUACUGAACAAUUUUUAAAAUUAUAUACAGAAACAAGUAAUACCAUACAUAAUUAUUUAAACAUUAAUUGUUUUAAACAUAAUGUCGGCACUGACCUGCUUUACAUGUUAAGUAAAUUGAGGAUUUCAUGGCUGGGAUGUGUAGAUCAUACAAAUGUUGUAAAAAACACAUUUCUGAACAUCAUUGUCAGAUUACAUACCCAUAAUUGGUGUAAUAUUAUAAAUAAAAUUUUAAAGGGCGACAUAGAAGAAAAAUACGCAAUGAAAAUGGAGGAACCACAAAAAUUAGCCUACAAAAAAUUCAGAUCACAUAGACUCCGACAAAAAGCAAUAUAUAAAUGACUUCUUUUUUGUGACCUUAUUGUCUUUGUGGUGUGAUUUUUUUGUAGGCUAGUUUUGUUAUAAAGCAAGAACCGCAAGACCUUCCUAAUUUUGUCCAAUAUGAAAGUUGAGGAUAAUACUGUAGAGUACUAAGUAUCGACAUUUUAUAUGUGCUAGUUCGGUUCAAUGACCAUUUUUCGGGCAAAAGGUUAAAACAAUAGGUAGGUACUCUAGUUUUCGUUAAAUUCUCAAGGCUGAUUUUUAUGUUUGUGUUAGAAGUUGCUGUUAUAAAUUGAUAAUCAUCAUUACUAGACCAUUCUCGCCGGCCGUAGCUUGAGAAAAUAUAAGGGUUGAAAGUCUCUCUGUAAGUUACAGCCGGCGGAAAUGAUCUGGCAAUGCUAAUUAUCAAUUUAUUACAGUAUUCUGGUCAGGUUUGAAUGUAAUAACCUAAAAGCAACAAACUAAAAACAUUAAUCAAACGAAAACGAACUGGCUGGUAAAAAUUACCUGUACAUGAUGUUUUUGAAUCACAAAUAUUGCAUAAAUCGAUUGAUUUGUUUUAGUUUGGUGUUUCAUAGUCUGUAUUUUGUUCGUGUUGGGUGUGAUGAAAAAAAUUGUGUUUCACUCGGUGGCAAAGUUAGUUUGUUUAACCUUCCUGCCGUG